AUGGAGCAAGAAGUAUCAAAUGGGUCUUUGUUGGAGGAAAGGCUACACGCAAGUGAGAUGGUUGGCACGUGCUAUGGGUUGGGCUCAAGGCAAGUUAGGUUUGUGUGUGGGGAGUAUAUGAAAAGCACAUAUAACCGCUUUAAGGUUUGGCAAUGCCAAGAUUGGCAUGCUUGA